AUGCAGGAAGCCAUUGCUGGCUUGGAGCGAUUCACCUUCGCCUUCGAGAAGGAUGUGGAGCUACAGAGAGGCACGGGGCUUCAGCCCUUCGAGGGCAUGGACAAAUCGGGCUCAGCUGUAUGCAACUUCUUCACAAAAGGACUCUGUGGGAAAGGGAAGCUCUGCCCCUUCCGGCAUGAACGGGGGGAGAAGACGGUGGUGUGCAAGCAUUGGCUGCGGGGGCUGUGCAAGAAGGGUGACCACUGCAGGUUCCUGCACCACUACGACACCUCUAGGAUGCCUGAGUGCUACUUUUACUCCAAGUUCGGUGACUGCAGCAAGAAGGACUGUACCUUCCUGCACGUGAAGCCAGCUUCCAAGUCCUGGGACUGCCCUUGGUAUGACCAAGGCUUCUGCAAGGACGGCCCCCUGUGUAAAUACCGCCAUGUGCGCAAAACGAUGUGUCUCCGCUAUUUCUUUGGCUUCUGCCCUGAGGGGCCCAGGUGCCAGUUUGCCCAGUAA